GUUAUGUGAUGAUGAAUCUCACCAUUAUGUCUUAUUGCGUAAUGAUGGUAGAUGUGGCAAGUUACAAAACGGAGACUGUGGAGUAAAAAAACAGAAGAAGUUUGUGUUGGAGGAGCUGCUUGAGACGGAGCCAGCCCCCUGAGUGACCUCUCGAAAUUCCUGCAGAGAGAGUCUAGAGCUGUCUCUCAGUACUGAGGAAAUGGAAGCAAUGGAGAACUACAGGCUUUUCCUCUCUCUGCUGCUCCUCGCCCUCUCGCUGGGCUUCGUCUCGGUCGUGUUCGUCCUCAGAUGGGUUUUACACUUCCGAGAGGGGCUCGGCUGGGACGGAGGAGCGGCGGAGUUUAACUGGCAUCCGCUCCUGAUUAUCAUCGGCUUCAUUUUCCUUCAGGGAAUCGCAAUUGUUGUGUACAGGCUCCCAUGGACGUGGAAGUGCAGUAAGCUGAUGAUGAAGUUCAUUCAUGCAGGCCUAAAUGUGCUGGCCUUCAUCCUGGCUGCUAUUUCUCUGGUAGCGGUGUUUGACUUUCAUAAUACUCAGAACAUUCCCAACAUGUAUAGUCUGCACAGCUGGGUGGGGCUAACUGCUGUCAUAUUGUACUCAUUACAAAUCGUACUGGGCAUUGCCAUCUACCUCCUUCCUGUAAGCCCAGUACCUUUACGAGCUGCAUUUAUGCCUCUACAUGUGUACAGCGGCCUAUUCAUCUUUACUAGUGUGAUUGCUGCUGCUCUAAUGGGCAUUACUGAGAAGCUCAUAUUUGGCCUGAAAGACCCAAAAUAUAAAGAUUCUCCACCAGAAGCCACAUUUGUGAAUGUCCUUGGCUUGCUGAUAAGUGUUUUUGGAGGCCUUAUCCUCUGGAUAGCCACUCGACCUUCGUGGAAGAGACCCAAUGAGCAGCUCCUCCGCUCGCAGCUCAACAGUGAGCCUACACCAUCAGGAAUCAGUGCGAACACAGCAAUGCCUGAGAGAACAGACGCAGAGACAGAUAGUGGAAAAAUGAGCAAAAUGUAACAUUCAAGAUUAACAGUGUAAUGGGGGACGGUUGAAAUGAAAGGCGUCUAUCUGCUGAAUUUAAAUAAUUUAAAAGCAAGCUAGCAAAAACUAAAAAGAAAAGAACACGCACAUGCUUUAUGUUCAUUCUCCAAAACCUUUUUUUUUUUGAACAGAAGAUAUUUAUACCAUACAUACAAGAUUUUAAUGUUGUAUUAUUGUAAUGCUAGUUUUUACAUUUAUUCGAAAAAAUGGGGAAAAAAGGGAUCAUACAGUGGUCAGUGUAUGUACAAAAUGAUCAAGCAUAACAUUAUGAUUAUUUAUGAUAAAUAUUCAUAAGACACUGUGUAGUUCUGUGAUUGCUGAUUGUAGUCCUUCUGUUUCUCUGCAUGGUUUAAUAUCCUCCUUUCACCCUUUUAUUUUUAUGGUAACCACAGAGAGGUUUUAUUUGGGUGGCGGGUCAUUUCUCAGACACUGACGUGUGUUGUGCUGGUGAGCGGAUCAGUUCAGCGGAUCAGUACACCUCAGUGUCACUACCGGACUGAGAAUAGUCCACCAGCAGCGUCCUGUGGGCACCGUCCUGUAACCACUAAUGACUUCACGUCUACAUAGUGGAGCAGGGUAGGUAGGAGUGUCUAAUAGAGUGGACAGUAAUUGGACACAGUUGUUUUCAAUUUUCUUGUACCAACACAACACACAGUAACUAACCACCCCAAUAUCAGUGUCACUGCAGUGCUGAGAAUUACCCAGCACCCAAGUAAUAGUAAUAUCCUGACCAUUGAAGAAUAAGGGGAAAGGAACAGAAACAGAAGGACUACAGUCUGUAAUUACAGAUAUACAAGGUGUCCAAUAAGAUCAGUGGCGUUUAAAAAAGAUGGACAGUGGGUGUAGAUGGACAAGGUGGUGGUAAUAAUGUUAUUCUUGGUUAGUUUAAGCCCCUUGGACCAAAAAUGAGUCACUUACUUUAGCCAUUAACUUUAAUAACAGCUACAGUCCUGUUAGGUAAGCAUUACAUCAGUCAGUUUUAGUGUGUAAUCAGGUAUCAGAAAAUAAAUGCAUGUGACUCAUUUUUUGUCUAGUGAGCUUAUUUUCUCCACAUGAAUGCCUUUAUGGCUAAUUUUGUAACAAUGCUUUGCCUUUAUAGAGUUGAUAUUGUUUCUAUCAAAUCAUUAACUUCCAUACAGACUAAACACAAUGAGUAUCUAUUAUGAGUUUUGCCAGUAUCUGCCAAUUAAAUUGCACUAAUAGUAUUUUACUGUAGUUAGUAAUUAUUUAACACUUUACACAAUAUAUUCCAAAACUUACUUUUAUAAUAGCAAACUUUUUGGUAAAGAUGUUUUGAGGCGUCAUAGUGUUUACAUUUUUGCUGGAUGGUGUCAUGUCUGUUAGAGAUGUUAUUGUUGUUGGUAAGAGGGGGAGGGGCUUUUGCACGAACAAGGUCUGAAAAAACUUGUGUGCAGCACAAGAUGGGCAGCAGCUGUUCACUUCAGCAGGCAGGACUUACUGCUUACUUACUGUCAUGGUAGAUCCAUGCUUUCAGAUGCUGGAUUGCUUAUAUGCUUUGCUCUGCAGAUGAAUGAAAACCAUCUCAAAUAAAGGGAAUAUAUCCAGGCAUGUAGUUCACUGAACAUGUAUUAUUCCAACAUACAAGAAAAGCAUUAUUUUCAAUAUUCUUUUGUUAUAUUUGUAAUAUUUUUCAAAGGUAAAUAAAGUAUUCUGCAGUA